UCUGCAGGAGCGCGCCGCUUUGCACGCAUCACAAUACUGUCACUGCAGCCAACUCCAAGCGACACGAGUGCGGGAGUUCAGUCCACUUGGCUAGUCCCUGGAGUCUACCGUUUUGGACGCUCAGUUUGGUGACAAGGUCAGAAACAGCCAUGCCAUUUGGCUGUCUCCCAGUGGGGGAAAAGAAGGACUACCACAGUCCCACAGAUAUUACAGACAAAUAUGACAUGGGCCAGAUUGUCAAAUCGGAGGAGUUCUGUGAGAUAUUCAGAGCUAAGGACAAAACCACCAAUAAAAUGUAUACGUGUAAGAAGUUCCUUAAGAAAGAUGGACGUAAAGUACGCAAAGCAGCAAAAAACGAGAUUCAGAUCCUAAAGAUGGUGAAGCAUCCCAAUAUCCUCCAGCUGGUGGAUGUCUAUGAGACCAAAAAGGAGUACUUCCUGUUCCUGGAGCUAGCAACAGGCAGAGAAGUGUUUGACUGGAUUCUGGACCAGGGGUACUACUCGGAGAAGGACACCAGCAAUGUGGUGCGCCAGGUUUUGGAAGCCGUCGCCUACCUUCACUCACUGCACAUUGUUCACAGAAACCUCAAGUUGGAAAAUCUGGUGUACUAUAACCGACUGAAACACUCCAAAAUAGUGAUCAGUGACUUCCAUCUGGCCAAACUGGAAAAUGGACUGAUCAAAGAGCCAUGUGGCACACCAGAGUACCUGGCCCCUGAAGUGGUGGGCAGACAGCGGUAUGGGCGCCCGGUGGACUGCUGGGCCACUGGGGUCAUCAUGUACAUAUUACUAUCAGGCAAUCCUCCCUUCUAUGAUGAAACUGAAGAUGAUGACUAUGAAAACCACGACAAAAACCUUUUCAGGAAGAUCUUAGCAGGAGACUAUGAGUUUGACUCUCCAUACUGGGAUGAAAUAUCUGAUUCAGCCAAAAGUUUAGUGGCUCGUCUCAUGGAGGUGGACCAGGACCAGAGGCUGACUGCGCAGGAGGCCAUAAACCAUGAGUGGAUCUCAGGUGGAGCUGCCUCAGAUAAGAACAUCAAGGAAAAUGUCUGCGCUCAAAUAGAGAAGAACUUUGCUAGAGCCAAGUGGAAGAAAGCCGUGCGGGUCACAACAAUCAUGAAACGUCUGAGAGCGCCUGACAGCGACUCAAAGGCAGCUAGCCCAGCAGCAGGAGCUUCAGCAGAGGCUCCUGCAGACCCCCAGGCCUCUGCUGCCUCCUCCGCACCCCUGUCCAGCACCGAGGGAGUGCCCACUGUGGAGGUCAGCCCCUCACAGCCACAGCCUCCUCUCCAGGACGCCCCGCCAGAGCCCCGCUGCAAUGGGGACGCACCAGUCCCCUCCACAGGCGUUCAGGCUGAGGACGAGCAGGGAUAGGUGCACUGAACCUCCUCUCUACAAACUGUACAUUAGCUGCUAGCAUGGUGACACUGACUCUGCUUCUCCGCAUCACCUCAUGGGGGUGCUGUGUUCCUAAGUGCUGCGCGCUCAUCACUGGCUUCUCCUCUCAUCCACACUUUGUCUUUCUGCACUGACCCUGUGGUAUUUUAUGUCAUUUAUACUGCGUUCACUUGUGUUGAAACACUCACAGAGAUCCCUGACAAGCUGUGACUGGGAGCUAAAGUCCCAGUGCUAACACAGUUAUAGCAAAGCUAAUUGUGCUAAAGCUGCUUUGAUUCCCUUUUAAUGAGGCGACCAGGGAAACUGCUCUGUCAGUCCAAAAAUCACUUCUAACAUUAGCAGGAAGGUGCCUGCAGACGUGCGUUUUACUAGACAGACCCUGUCCUGUGUUUACCUAUGGACUAUAUUAUUAAAAAGAGUCUUUAUGCAAACUAAUGACAUUAUAUUCAAUCUUCUACUUAACACGCUGAACCCCAUGAUAUCGCUGAAAUAAGUAAGUGCAGUGAAUCAACAUCAUAAAAUAGCUCAAGGAAAAACAAAACCUGCUCUGGUAUUUCUUUUCAUAGGGUCCAGAGCACACUGUAAACAUCUUGGUCUAUAUUAGCCUAUUUAUACUUUUUAAAAGCAAAACUUUAUUCCUAGAGUGCAGUUUAGUAUCACGAAAAAACUGUGGCUGACGUUUCACUGUUCAUGCCCUCAAUAGGGAUGUUUUCAAUAUUUAAAGAUGCAUAUUAUUUUAUAGAAUUAUAUAAUAUUAGGGGUACAACAACUGAUAAUUGAACAUUAUAGUUUUCGGGUUUAUGCCUUUUAGUUUUCUUGUGGCAUACAUCUUUUUCACUGAAAUAAGGUGUUCUCAGAGUUAGUUUGAGAAUAUUUUAAAAUCAAAUCCUGGUAGUAAUGACAAAAUAUUUUGCAUUAGUGCAAACUGUACAUGUUUAGGAUUCUGACAGUGAAGUCUGCUCAAUUUUAAUGGCCAUUGCUACAUUUAUAAGCGGCAGCUUUCAAAUAAACUUUUCUCCUUUGCUCAACUUUCUGCUCAGGAAAGAACCUCACUAGAAUCUGUAUAUAGAUGUUUAGAAGUAGCCAAAACAGCAUGGAUGUUCACCCCACAUGUACCUGCCCCACAUUUACCCCACCCCACAUGUACAGACACUUGGAUACAGAUGAUCCAAAGCCACAGCAUAGUCUCACCACAAGCCAUAGCUUACUUUUAAGGCAGAACUCUUUUAGGCUAGGAGAAGGCACGAUUUGCAUUGUUACAAAAAGGUUGAAUUAGCAUUGUGCAUUUGCGUUCCUUUUAUUUUUAGCUUUUCAUUUGCCAUUAUGUCAUAUGAAGUUUACCUUCUUUUGUAUUAGCUUGUAUUUGUUAAGUACGUGUCUAGAAGAGAUGUUUAAUUAUUGUAUAUUGUUAAUAUUUGCACUCAGAGAUCAUUAGCUGCCAUUUAUUGUUUCUUAAUGUAUUUGAGGAAAUACUUGAUAAAAAACUGUCCCUUUCCAAAGCUUCAAUUAUGUGCUACAUGCUACUUGGAUCACCCGCCCAGAGGAGAUAGAGCAAUACUGACUGGCUACAGAAACUGUGAUCCUUAGUGUCCCGUAGAUGGCGUCCACGUCUAUGAGUGAAGCAGUCCUUUAACACAUGACAAGGCUGGGUCCAAAUCACUCAGUGGUGUCUCUUUUACCAGAAUGACUUUGUUGUAGUUCAAACUGAUGAAAUAGCAAGAGGAAAGGGCAAGAGUUAAAGAAAAGUUUCAGUUUGAAUUUGCUGUAUUAUACAUCCACACAGUAUGGUUUUGAACAUAUUUGCCAUACGUUUGUUCAAUUACAGGUGUUUUAUAGCUCAAAAAUACCUUAAAAAACUUGAAAUCUUACUAUUUGCAGGCUUGUUUCUCUAUUAAUCUGACCAUGAGCUUGUCUCCAUUGUGAUAAUCAAGUACAUACUGUGAAAAUAAUCAAGACAAAGCAGUAACGUCUCCAAGGAGAUAAGCAGGUGACAGACCCUCCACCAGAAAAAUUGCACAGUGCAUCUUUAAGUAAAUGGUGGUAACCCUGUCAAUUAUAACCAGUAUCUAAAUGACAAAAAAGAGCCCAAGACUGAUAGUUUUACUGGCUUAUAGAUAUUGGCCUCAGUAUAUCAGAAGAAAAGCGAUAGUGGAGUUAUUUUGGACCCAGCCACAAUAAGAGUUGUGACUCACACACGCCACACGGUCUACUCACUGUGCACAGAUGUCCAUUUGUAUGAAAAUGUGCACUAACAAAUAAUUCAUAUGAGAUUUGUUGUCUUAAAAUGUUUCUAUUUUAGUCAUCUAGUAAAUUUCUCAUCCUU